GAGUCCGGUCUUCUUCCCCUUCGAACUCUGCAAUAAAUAACUAGUCCGAGCCUUGAGACCGUUGAUCUUUGCCGAGAGAGACAGAUGGCAUUCUCUAGUUGCAGCAAUGUGUUGGGCGGUUCGCGUCUUCUGGCGGCGGUCGGAGAAACCCAGUUGCCCACGAAGCGCUCGGUGUCGGUGUCAACCACCACCACCACAAAGAAGAGAGCUUUUCCUCUUCAGUUGAGAAGUGAGGGAAAAGAAAAAGUAGAGGCUCCGAAAGCCUUUGGAGUUUCACGAAGAGAUGUGAUGUUAUCUGUGCCUGUUGGGACACUGGCAGCACUCACCCUUCCAAUAGAACCUGUGGAAGCACGCGUUGUCAAUCCCGAGAUCAGGAAGAAGAUUUUUGAAAAGUUAGAGAAGAUAAGGGAGCAGUUUGGUUUGUCAAAGCCAAAAACCAAUGACGGGAAAAAGGCGUACCCAUCACCGCCAUCGUCGGAGGAGAAAAAGCCUCAGACAUUGCUACCACCUGUUGAAGUAAUUCUCCCUUGAGAUGGGUAAUUGUCGAUUCAGAUAAAUGGUCAUCCCACUGUUGGGGUAGAUCAAACUUUUUGUUUGGUGCGGACUUUUGCCCUGUUAGUUGAGAACUUUAUGAACCUAUGAGUAAUAAACCUAUGAGUGCGUGAUCAUUUUUGCUUCCUAGUUAACGACUUUGGACAAUUCUGUUUUA